AUGGACGCCUCCUCCCUCCGCAUCUCCAAGUUCGAUGGAACUAACUUCCACGCCUGGAAGUUCAAGAUGCAGAUAGUGCUGGAGGAACGGGACCUAUGGGAGGUCGUCAGCGGUGAGAUCAAGGCGGAACAGUGCGAGACUCAGUUGGACCAAGCGACGUACAAGAGGAAGUCAAGAAAGGCGAUGGCAGUGAUCUGUCUAGCCAUGGAAGAUUCCCAGCUACCGUUGGUCCGGUCGGCAAGUGGUGCAUGCGACGCAUGGUCAAGGUUGGAAGACCACUUCGAGAAGAAGAGUCUUGCCAACAAGCUGUUCUUGCGCCGUCGCUUCUUCACGACAAUGAUGGAAGAAGGCGACGAUGUGCUCGAACACAUCAACAAGCUCAAGACGCUGGCGGAACAGCUAGAAGCGGUGGGGGCUCCAGUCUGCGAGGACGAUCUGGUGAUCACACUCCUCGGCAGCCUGAGUGACUCGUAUCAAUUCUUGAUCACAGCUUUGGAGUCGCGCUCAGACACUCUUAGCUGGGAGCUCGUGACGUCUCGACUGCUUCAUGAAGAAAUGAAGCGGAAGGAGCAAGGGGAAGUAAAGGUGAUGAAGCUUCGCAAGGUCAAGCGUUCAUCACAAGGGACAAUCAGCGCAAAGGGCGACCAGUAA